AUCACACCCCAUCGACCAAACAGCAGCAGUUUGUUCAACUUUACUCCUAUCAAAAUCCCUAGUAAGUUAUGUCACCAGCAAAACAUCAAUGUGCGGUUAAAAAUGUUGAGGUUAUAUUUAAAUAAUAGUUUAUAAUUAUUUGAAUAUAUCUGUACAUAAUGGCUCUGUCCUUUUUUGGAAGGCGGCUUCUACCGGGAAAACAGUUUCUUUUUCAUUCGUUGAGAAACAAUGGUUACGUUGUAUUAGUUCCGGAAAUCGGCGAAGAUUUACCAGAAAAAAAUCCCCUUCUUCAAAACGAUGGCCUUCCUGAGUUUAAUAACAUCACAAUUGAGCAGUGUAUGGCUGCAAUUGCAAAACAAACUUUAGAACUGGAGUCUGGGGUUCGUGAUAUUGAAAAGUUAUUACAGGAAAAGGAACCCACGAAUAUAUUUAAAGAAGUUUUUCAAGUUCUAGAAGAAAUUGGCGCUCCUUUGGAUCUAACAUGGGGUUUAGCUAAAACAUUGUAUUUAGGUAAUAGUACUUUGAUGCCUACAAAAAGCUACUUAUCAAUUCAUGAUAGAGCAAAAAGGGCGCGGGCUGCCAAAUUUAAUAGCACGCCAAUUUAUGAAUGCGUUAAAAAAGAACUACUAAAAGAAAAUGUCAAACGCAGUGACGAGGAAACGAGAGUCUUAAAGAAGUUUGCACUGGAAGGUAAACUAAAUGGCUUAGAACUUCCAGAUUCGUCAAAAAUUGGAUUGAAACAGAUUCUAAACAAAUUGACGACGGAGAGAACACAAUUUAAGCAAAAAGUGGAUAUCUGCUCAAAGCAAUUUUCUCAUAUCAUACAUGAUGUUAAUGUAGUAAGGGAUUUUCCGCCUGAUUUGUUAAAAAUGGUAGCACAAAAUUCAGACAAGUUCCUUGAAGGACCAUGGAAAAUCACUCUCGAACCAAAUAUUUACAUGCCAGUAAUGGAGAACUGUCCUGACAGAGAAAUUAGGUGGAAUGUGUGGCAAGCUUUAGUAAAUCGUGGUUCUGGUUAUGGUGACCGAGACUUGGCUACUGGAAUACAUUUGGAAGGAAUCAGAUAUGCGCGGCGAGAUCUUGCAAAAUUACUGGGUUUUGAAACUUAUGCUGAUAUGUCAAUGGAAACAAAAAUGGCAGAAAGUGUUACCAAUGUGAACAAUAUGUUACAUGUUUUAUUGGAAAGAGCAAAACCAGCACAAGACAAAGAAUUGGAAAAUUUAUAUGAGUUUGCUUUGGAACGAGGUUUUCGUGGCAGCAGAAUAGAAUUGUGGGAUGUACCUUACUGGAGGAAUAAACAAAGGAACAGUUUAUUUAAUUACAAAGAAGAAGUUUUCAAGGAAUACUUUCCUUUACAAACCGUCCUAACAGGGUUAUUUGAAUUAUGUGAAAAGUUGUUCAAUGUUACAAUUAAGCAGAGGAACAACAUUUCAACUUGGCACAAAGAUGUUAAGUUCUAUGAUAUUUUUGAACAUCACCAGAGUGCUCCAAUUGCCGGUUUUUACAUUGAUCCUUACGCGCGAACAAAUGAAAAAAUUAAAGUUCAACAAAGCAAUGGUUGGAUGGUAGGGAUUCAAAAUCAGAGCAAAAUUACAGAUACCAGACCUUUAGCUGCUCUAAUAUUCAAUUUUGAGCCACCAGUGGGAGAAAAACAAUCUUAUCUCACUUUUAAAGAGGUCAAAUAUCUCUUUCAUAAAUUUGGUCUAAGUCUACAGCAUUUAAUGACUAAUACUAAUUAUUCUGAAGUAUCGGGAUCUUCCAAUAUUGAAUGGGAUGCUGUUGAAGUGAGUGGACAUGUUUUUUCGCAUUGGUUGUUUAACAAAGAAGUAAUCAAUUCUAUUUCUUCUCAUCAGCAAACAGGCGAAAAACUUCCUUCAGAAAUGUUUAACAGUUUGAUGAAGGUGCAUAAACAUUUAGCCGGUUUAGAUUUGUCAAGAGAACUUUAUUUAGCAGCUUUAGACUUGGAACUACACUACUCCAAAGAGUACUGGCUAGAUGUAGUAAAAAAGCUAUGGCCACAAUUUAGGAGUUUUCCUCUUGAUAAGCUAGAUUCACAUCCUUGUUCAUUUACCCAAAUCUUCAUAGAAGAGUGGGCGGCGGCGUAUUAUUCACAUGUUUGGUCAAGAAUGAUUGCUGCUGAUGUUUACAGUGCUUUUCAUGAAGUGCAGGGAGAUGAGCAGAAAAUUCAAGAAGUUGGAAAAAGAUUUAAAAACACGUUUCUAACACUUGGGGGAAGUUGUCACCCUAGUAAAAUUUUUAGAAGUUUUAGAGGUCGGGAUCCGUCACCAAACGCAUUACUUAGCUCCUUAGGACUGAAACGAAAAAAAGUGGAAAAGCAAUAACUUUAAUUUUUAAUGUAUGUGUUAUAUUAAACGAAAAACAGUGA